ACUUAUUCUUUUUACCAUAUAUAAUUAACAUAAUGUUUUAAUAAAAUACUGGAUAUUAUGAAGAUGACUAAAAAUAAUUAGAUAGGUCAAAAAUAACUUUAGAAUACUACAAAAAUAAAUUUUUUUUUGAUUUUUUAAUAAUUUUAUGCUAUUUAAUAUCCAGAUAUUUUAACAUAAGCUAUUUAAAAAUAAUCAUAGGACUCAAAUUUUUUGAAAUUUUAAGUUUAAAAAAAGACUUAAUCGAACACUAUUAAAUAAACUAAAGGUUUUCUCAUUUUUAUACAUUAAUAAGUUUAUUAUCUAUGCUUAUUUAUGUUGCUCAUAUUUGUGGAUGUAUCUUUCAUAAAAUUUCAAUGGUAGAAAUCAAUAAUAAUUAUACUAAUACUUGGCUUGUAGUUAAUAAAUUAUAAAAUGAAGACAUCAUAACCAAGUAUAUAAAUUGUUUAUAUUUUUCUAUUAUUACUAUGUUUACUGUUGGUUAUGGAGAUAUUACACCUAUUGCAAAUUCAGAAAAAAUUUUUAUUAUUUUUAUGACUUUACUUGGGUCUUUACUUUUUGCUUAUAUUGUAAACACUAUUGGUAGCAUAUUUUAAGAAUUAGCAUAAAAAGAAGCUGAUUUUAACAAAAAAAAAUAUGAGAUGUCUAUAUAUAUGCGUUCAAGGUAGAUUACAAAUGAUGUUUAAGUUCGAGUAAUGAAAUAUUUAGGUUAUUUAUAAUAGUAAAAUGAAAAUAAUCCAGUAAAAGGAAAAGAGAUAUUUGAUAUCUUACCUUCAAAUUUAAGAGAAGAAAUAAUGAGAGACUUUUACUUGAAAAUCCUGAAAUCAUCAAAGAUAUUUACAUUGUCAUUUUCUUAAGAUUUUCUUAAAGAACUUUCUCUUCAUUUUUAAGAAAAGGUUUGUGGCCCUGGAGAAAUUGUAUAUGAAUAAAAUAACUUCGAAAAUCCUGAUCUUUAUUACAUUUAAAAAGGACAAGUUGAUUUGUUUGUUUAAACUGGUAAAUUUAACAAACUUUUAAAUACUUUAAAAAAUGGAGAUUUUUUGAGUUAAAUGUCGUUUUUUAACUCUUAAUAUGCCACUUAGUUUACCACUAAAUGUGUAAAAGCUACUCAUUUAUUAAUCUUAAAAUAAAAUACUUUUAUGAAUAUAAUUAAGGAUUUUCCUAAUGAUUUUGAAAGUUAUUCAUAAAUUAAAGAUCAAAUGAGACUUUAUAAUAUAAAUGAGCAUACUUCUUGCAUAUCUUGUGGAAAAUAUAAUCAUAAUGUAUUAAAUUGCCAUUUUAUUCAUUAUAAAAAAAGAAAGGAGUUAAUUAUUGCAAGGCAUACACAUACUUUAGAGCAUAAAAAAAGAAAAAAAUGGUAAGUAAGGUCAAAACAAAGAGAAUUUUAAACUUUGAAAUAAAAUGAUUAUAUUAGUUUAAGAUUAAAAUAAUUAAGAGCUUCUAUAUUUGGUAUUACCAAAUAAGAAUAAAAUAAACUCAUUUUUGAACUCAAUGAUAGAUAAUUCUUCAAAAAUACUUUUAAAAUAAAAUAAUUAGAUGGAAAAAUAGAAUCAAACUAAUAACAAAGCUUAUCUAAUUUUUCUUCUUUAUAUUCUGAAAAUUAUGAAGAUUCUGAUUAUACUUCUUAAUUAGAAGAAUAUCAGCCAAUUGAAAAUAAUAAACUUAUCAGUAUUGAAGAAGAAGAUCAUGAUGAAACUGAAUAAAUUACUAAAUCUAUAAAACCAAAGACUGAGCUUAGGCGACUAUUAAAAUAAUUUACAAAUUCAAUAGAAAUAUCUCCUAAAUGCUAAUCAUCAAAUAUAAUAAGUUUUUAAUAAUUCGAAGAUAAUAAAAAUGAUGAAUAAAAUCUUCUUAAUUUCGACUUGGAUUCUCCUUUUUAUAAAAAAAUAAAGAGUAAUAUAAACAUUAAUAAUUUCUGCGAAUAAAAAAAGAAUACAUAAUCAAUAAGAAACUUUUUUUAAUUAGAAAAAUAAAACUCAUACAAAAAAAAAAUACAAAAUUAAGAUUUAGAAGGUAAUCUUAUUAACAUAUGA